AUGGCCUCCUUAGACUCUCCCAAUUUAUCUCCAAGUCCAUCUUUCUCGAUAAGAGGGAACCAAACCACCAAUUUCUUCCGAAGCAUCUCUACCAAAGAACAAUCAUUCUCAGAAGUCCCAUGCACACCACCACGCUUAUCCUCCACCUCCUUCUCUCCCGGCGGCCUCCACAACUCCCAACCCUCCACCCCUCUGCUCUCCUUCACACCCUCAAAACUCCACGAUCUCCACACCACAUACCGAUGCAUCUCCUCAGUCCUCAAAAAGGACGGCCAGAUUUUGUCCAUCGCCGCAUCGAAAGGCCUCGUUUACACCGGCUCGGAGAACAACGUCGUUAGGGUUUGGAAGCUGCCGGAGUUCACAGAGUGUGGUCAGCUGAAGACCAAGGCCACCAUGGUGGUGGCGCUCGUGGUGUCGAACGAUAGGGUAUAUGCAGCUUAUGCCGACUGUAAGAUUAGGGUUUGGCGGCGGACUUGGGAAGGAGUUACGAAGCACGUCAGAGUGGCGACGAUCCCGAAGGCCGGAAGUUAUGUCCGGAGCUACAUCGCCGGCAGAGAUAAGAUGAUGAAGCAUAUGGGGCCAAUAUCAGCACUGGCAAUCAAUGUAUCAGAUGACAUCCUCUACUCAGCUUCCCUUGACAAAACAGUCAAAGUAUGGCGAAUCUCCGAUCUCAAAUGCGUUGAGACCAUCCCAGCCCAUUCAGAGCCGAUCAACGCCAUCGUGGUGGCCGACGACGGCGUCCUAUACACCGGCUCCGAUGAUGCCACCGUCAGGGUAUGGCGGCGCAACUUUUGUAGCGGUGACCGGCCUCACGGGCUCACCGUGACCCUUCCGGCCAAAAACUCACCGGUAAAAACCCUAACCCUAACCUCAGAUGGUGGGGUGUUAUAUGGAGGAUGCACUGAUGGGUACAUAUACUAUUGGUUAAAGGGUUGGUUCUCGGGGCAACUUCAAUACGGUGGUGCACUCCAAGGGCACACCCAUGCUGUAUUGUGCAUGGCCAGUUUGGCUAACUAUGUGGUUAGUGGUUCCGCUGAUUCAACCAGUAGGAUCUGGGUUAGAGAGCAAGAUGGUCAACACACGUGUCUGGCAGUCCUGCAGGGUCACAGAGGGCCAAUCAGGUGUGUAGCGGCGUUUCCUCUGCUUGCGGCGGAGGAGAGUGAGGAUGGUGCUGGUUGUACUGUUUGCACCGGAAGUCUUGAUGGGAUUCUAAAAGUGUGGAGGGUAAAGUCCACCAGCACCGCCGCCCGGCGCUCCGCCCAGAAUGGUUGCGAGUAUUUUGAGCUGACAUGA